UUCAUUUGUGCUUGGUUCGACUGUGGCAAACGAUUCUCUCGACGAUCCGAUCUAUCAAGACAUCGUCGUAUUCAUACCGGAGAAAGACCCUAUCAAUGUGAUUGGAAUGGUUGUGGAAAACAAUUUAUUCAAAGAUCGGCAUUGACGGUUCACUAUCGUACCCAUACUGGCGAACGACCACACAUGUGCGAAUACCCAUCUUGCGGCAAGUCUUUUAGCGAUUCAUCCUCCUUGGCAAGACAUCGUAGGACCCAUACUGGAAAAAGACCCUAUGUUUGUCCGAAUGACAACUGCCCAAAAUCAUUU